AGCUGGGAUCGACAGAAAGUGACGGCAAUCGGGUGAUUACAGGAAGCGGAUGAGAAAGUAAAUAAACAUUUAGUGAAAGAUAUAUUUUAAUGUUUUUAUGAAACUACACCUAGUAAGGAAAAGAAAAUGCUCUUAGUUCUAACCGAUGAGCACAAAGAACAUUUGGCAUUCCUUCUGGAGGUUGACUCUGCAGUUGUAGGGGAAUUUGGAAGAAUCGCAUUGGAGUUUUUAAAGAAAGGAUCCAAUUCUAAAAUAUACGAAGGAGCAGCAAGAAAGUUAAACGUUGCCGUUGAAACUGUGCAGCAUGGAGUGGAGGGUUUAAUGUACCUCCUCACUGAGAGCUCGAAGCUGAUGAUUUCCGAAGUGGAUUUCCAGGACUCUGUGCUGGUUUUGGGAUUUCCAGAAGAGCUGAAUAAACUCCUGCUUCAGCUUUACUUGGACAACCAGAAGGAGAUGCGGAAUAUCCUCAGUGAACUGGCACCAAACCUGCCUCACUAUCAUAAUCUGGAGUGGAGGCUGGAUGUGCAGCUGGCAAGCAGAGCACUGAGGCAGCAGAUCAAACCAACCGUGACUUUCAAACUGCACCUUGAGCAAAAUGGAAAGGAGAGCGCCAAAGUGUUACAGACUGACCCUGCAACCCUCUUGCACCUGAUCCAGCAGCUAGAACAGGCUCUGGGGGAGAUAAAAACCACUCACUGCCGGAGGAUCGUGCGCAAUAUCAAAUAGGGUCAAGGAAUAAGGAUGCACUUCACGCUUGAAGUACUAUACAUGCUGUAUACUGUAGUUUACAGGAAUUCAGCACAAAACCAGAGUAGCAUCUUUGGGGUUUUAUCCCGGGUAAAUUAAAGUCAGACGUUGAUAACUAUGCCAGCUGUACUUUCUGUGCGCUCAGUGCCUGGGUUGUAGUAUUUCCAUUCCGCACACAAGCAGCGGUUGUAUUGAAGUUAAGUAGAUCAGGUGUUUAAAUACUGAACUGCAAUGCCUUAUUGUUAUGUAAAUAGUUGAUUGAUAUGUUACGUGAAGCACAACGUGUAUGUGGAACCAUCAGUGUUAAACAAGCAAGCUAGCAAAGUUUAAUAAAAUAAAUAAAAUCAAAU